AUGUCAAAAUCAUUUGUGUCAGUACCUGAAGCGGUAGAGGCAUUCAAGAAUGGAGAGUUCUUAAUUGUUAUGGACGAUGAAGAUAGAGAGAACGAAGGGGAUUUAAUAAUCGCCGCUCAAUUAAUGACGCAAGAAAAAAUGGCGUUUUUAGUAAGAUACUCCUCUGGAUAUGUCUGCGCUCCGUUAUCUACAGAAAGAGCGGAUCAAUUGAAGUUAUUUCCUAUGCUAGAAAAUCAAACUGAUAGACAUGGAACAGCUUAUACAGCUACAUGUGAUUACAGUCAUGGAACAACUACGGGAAUAUCAGCCCACGACAGAGCGUUAACUACAAAAAUGUUGGCUGAUCCGUCUGUUAAGCCAGAAGAUUUUAUCCGUCCUGGACAUGUCUUGCCUUUAAGGGCUGUACCCGGUUUGCUCAAGCAAAGAAGGGGUCAUACUGAAGCCUCAAUACAACUAACCCAGUUAGCUGGUUUCCAACCAGCAGCUGUGAUCUGUGAAUUAGUGAGAGAUGAAGAUGGUUUGAUGAUGAGAUUGGAAGAUUGUAUCAAAUUUGGUAAAGAGCACGGGAUCAAGCUAGUUACUAUAGAACAACUUGUGUCUCAUAUAUCUCAAUAA